AUGGAUGAGCAUAGACAGGGUGUCGUCGAUGACGAUGUCACUGGUGCAGACUCUCCCAUGAAUAUGCCGAAAGAAGAGCAGGGUGAGGCAAAGACUCAUCCACCAACGAUCAUCGACACCACCUACACGCAGAUGGCAAUGUCCUCCGAGAAGCCUCAAGUAUCCCUCCUUCCCCGCAAAAGGCUCAUUCAAAAGACACGGAAUGUCUUUCUCAGCAAGAACCUAGAAGUUAUCCAGUGGAAGAAGAAGUGUAUGCUCCACAACGGUUCGGUGUCUCUCCACCAAAAGCACACUUUCAUUGUCGUGGGCAAGGCGAAGAUUGCCCGACAGGCAGCGCGUAUCGAGUAUCUGGAAGACCGCCUGAAUGAGCGCGAGAAGGCAGCGAAGAAGUGCGAGGAAGACGCGCAUCGUUUUGAGGAGAUACUGGCCAAGAUAGUCGAUGAAGCGGCCGACAAGGAAAUCAAGCUGGCGUUGGUGCUUCAAGAGGCCGCUGAUGCUGAGGCAAAGCUGGCCCAGCGAGAGUCAGAUCAUCAAGAUGCCAUGAGCAAACUUGAGCAACACAACAAAGAGCUUGCGGCACAGAUCACCAACGUCGUGUCCCAACUCGAUCGAGACGAGGCCGCGAAACCACAUGGUCAGCCUUUUGCGAAUUCUAGCAAGGUCUCGGACGCCUCGAUCGUGGCCGCGUGGGCGAGGAUGAAGUAUACCAUCGAGCACCUUGCUUCCAACAUUCUCACUGCCAGUCCUACACAGGAAGAUUUCGAGCAUGGCAUCGGCAUCGUCGACGGCUCCUGUGUCCUCAAUUCCAUCGACCCCAAUCAAUUUGAACAGCUCCAAAAUGAGGACAUGAGAUCAUUUGUUGUCGAACACUACAUCUGGAAAGCCGUCAUUGGACGAGUCUUUGAGCCCGGACCGGAUGGAAAUUUUGGAAAGAGCUGGGCCGGCACCGUCGGAAUGAACUUCACCACUUGCUUUCAUGAAUUCCUGGAUUUAUGCACUCGUAAGGGAAUGAACCCCGAUAACCUUAUACAUUGGAAGGGUGAAACCGGACAGAUGAUCGGGCUGAUGAUUGGUGUCGAUGAAACGGAGUUGCGGAAGGUCGUCCGCAUGGAGCGGGCAGCCUUCUCCAAAUUCAUUCCCAAGGUCGGCUCCGACUACCCCGCCAAGUGCAAGAAGCUCGGCAAAGGACUCAGCAAGAUAUUUGACAAUGCUUUGCAGCUCCAGGCUACCUUCAUGGCGUCCAAAGCUCACUUCUACCUGGAUCGGCCCCGCGAGCAGGUGAUGGGUGAUGGCUGCAUUCAUUUCGACAGUGGGUCCAUGACGGCCGAAGGUUGGGAGAAGGAACCGCUUGGUGAUGGGAGCACCGUGCUGCUCAACAUUUCACCUGCUCUGGUAAAGGUUGGCACUGCUGAUGGCCACCACUAUGACUCGAGGCUUCUGCUAGCGAAGGCGCGGGUAAUCUGCGACUAA